AAGUCAGAUAUCAGUUAUUCUUCAAUCAGAAGAGAUACCUUUGGCUGGGCUUCCUGUGUUUUUUUCUAGCUUUUUAUGUUUACCAAAUCUGCUUGCAACAGCUGGGAUGUCAAGGUGAAAGAAGGCACGGAUCCAUAUCCAAAACAGGCAGCUUGAUUCUCUUUCCAUCUGAAGCUUACAACUCGCAGAAGGACCAGCAGAAAUCAACGUGAUUACAAUGUGACGCGGGGUGCAGAGACAUUUUUUCCAGGUCUUGCUCCGUUGAACCCAUGCUGAAAAACGAGAAGGCGUGAAGAACAAGAAAAAACACAUCAUCCCAUUGCAAAGGGUGGAAUACUGACAGCGUGCUCCCACUGUCGCCAUUAAAUUACCACUACGACGCCUUUCUGCUGCCUUUGGCAUUCAAUUCAAGCAAAAUAAGUGAGGAAGUGCUGCAAAAGUUAUUGGAUUCCUGGUAUUAAUCUAUCCUCCCGAGUGUUGUGCCAGUGAUGCGAGAUGAAUAUAGUGACUUAUAGAAAGAGCUGCAGAACCAGGAUGAAGUUACCGAUAGUGGCCUUAGUCAUUUUGACUCUGAUUCAAGAUUGGUCCAAUGCUCAAGGGACCAUUACAACUUUGACCUCGGGAAAUUCGGGGAGCUCUGGUGGAUCGUCCCCGUUAAGUGAGACACAGUCGAAGAGUGAAUUAGUAACUGGACACGACAACCAUGAUCUGGACAACUUGGGCUCUUCAACCACGUUGUCAAGUGGUUCUUCGAGCACAUUGCCGACAAUCCAAUCCACUUCAGCCCAAGGGGAGAUCAUUGUGGAAACCACUAGGGCCGAAAACUUGGGCAAAUCCCAAGAAAACAUGUUUUCUUCCAUACCAACCUCGUCAGCUCCGGUGCAAAUCGAUCCUUCUUCAUCAGAAGUGCUCGAAAGUCAAAGUGAAAUCCAGCCUUCGAAAACCAAGGAGAUGGAUUUGCCUUUGGUCUCAACAAGCACUCCUACUCCUCCCAGUGAGAGCUCGAGUUCAGUUCAAUCGAACAUGUCCGUUGACGAGAUAGACGAACUUCAAACUGAAGCCAAGGCCACAUCAGUGGGCGAAAGUGGAUCUCCCACGCCAUCUGCUCAAGAGAAGUUCACACCUCCCAAGAGUGCUCCCAUGGAUGAGGGUCUGAUCGAAACGGCCCCUGAAACAUCUUCAGGCACCGAUCCCCAAGAGUCCUUGGAAAUGGAGAUGUCAGAAAAAUCCCCCAUGGAAACCGAUGUCACAGAUUCAUUGGAGCCAUCGGUGGCCGACACCCUCAGUGUGUCCAUGGUCGAUUCGCAAUCCAGUACGUCUCACUUGUGCAGUGGUCCCACCCCAAGUUUGGAAAUGCCCUCCGUAACUGAUCGAGUCGAGAUUAACCCCACUGAAACAUCGUCUGCCAUAGCAUCAACCUCAUCCUCCUCGUCGGAUUCUUUUUUAUUGAAUGAGGCCCCACUUGUGGGGCCUUACGACGAUGAUUCCCACGGCAGUCCGAGCAACUUGGAAAAAGAGAAUUCGCCAUCUGCCAAUGAACCAGGACUAAAGAGCAAAGAUCUACAAAAGACCAGCCGGAAGGCCAACCCGAUGCCCGAUAUGAACGACUUACUCAAUGGCUUGUUCAAUGUUGUCGGUGAAGGCCUCACCUUGGCUACCAAUUAUGUAAAGGAGGAGCAUUUGCGAAAGGGUACGCCGAAACCUAAGAAGAAUCCGACGAGAAUCAAUAAUCGCGGUCCACCACGAUUCACCGAAAUUCCUUUCGAGGCCAUUCCCCUAGAAGUGCUGUCCUCGGCUCGUCCCGGGGUCAAUCCCGCCGUUCAGAUCCAGCAACGUCCGUUCCAAAACAAUUUUAAGGUGUCUAAGAGUCGAUUACCACCUCCUUAUGCAACUGGCAUUCCCUUACCAGAGCAACUGGUUCCCUUUGCCGAUGAACAAUUGCCCGUGACCUCGAUUCCCACCAAACCUCAAGAAGAGGAGAACACUUUGGAUGUUCCACCGCCCAUUUUCAAUGCUGAAGGCAGUGAUGAAAAUCAAAUUCGGGACGACGUUUACACAGAGAAUCAGGAGGUCGAGAAGUUGGAACACACCUACUUCCCCAACGUAGAGCCAUUGACAACCACUGACUCGAACAAAAUACCGGCCAGGCCUCUAGGCAUUGCCAACGGUGGUCAAUCAAAUGACGGAUACUUUGUGGGUAGCACUACACGUUUUCCACCCAAAAGGAGACCGCGUCCUCCCAAACCCAGCCAAAUUUCAUUCUUUGGAACCAAGGAGACCACGAUUGAGUCGGUCUCGGACACAACAACCACUACACCAGAUACAACGACAACAAGAACCACUACCACAACUACUACUACCACAACUACUACCACAACAACCAAAUCAACAACGACUAGUGCUACGACCACAACCACAAAGCCUACCACAACAACGACCUCAACCACAACGAGUCGCAUCCGAGCCAAGCCAACACCACCUCUAAUUUUGCCCCCCAAACGACCUCAGGGUAAUCUUGUCCCUGGCACAGUCUUGCCUGAUAGCCCAAUUGUCACUGCCAGGCCAAUCAACACUCGACCAACUCGUUUUGGGGGUCAGGGUAACCCGGAUAUUUUUGAAUUGACCGUCAGUGCUCAGCAAAAUUACGGAGGAAAGCGAAGGCCCUCUAAAGUCCAACAACAGGAUGGCAUCAUAACCCAAGGCAGACCAGGAGAUCAAUUUGUUUCCAUAGACGGGAAGAGAACCUACUUCAACAUUGGUCCGACAGACAAUGGGCCAGCCAAUUUCCAAGACAUCGAAGCAACAAGGCCAAUAGGAGAAUCAACGAUCAUUCCUCAUGAGGAUUUUGAGAAUAUUGGAUCAGCUUUGCCCGUUUUGCCCGUCGACAUCGAGAAUGAGGACUUAUACGAAGACCCCUCAAACCCCCCUCGACGACAGCCUGUGGUGAAUCCAAGACCAGGGAGUGAUAGCGUGUCCGGCAAACCAACCGUUCCAACCCGAAGGCCGAGUGCUCCUCCUGUGAGAAUUGAUACAUGUAUCGUCGGGGAUGACACCACUUGCGAGAAAGAAAAGCACGAAGUUUGCCAAACUGUCUUGGGAGUGUCCUCUUGUUUUUGCCGACCAGGUUAUGGUAGGAAAAACCACCGACAAAAGUGCCACGAAAUCGUUCAACUCCUGAUGUCGAUGCAAGUGGAUCGAAUCAAUGAUCAAAGGAUCUUUUGGAGUGGAAAUUAUUUGAAUCCAAACUCCCGAGAAUACCGCACUUUGGAGGACGAAGCCUCAUAUGCAAUCGAUUCCGCCAUGGCAUUAACAUCCCUUGGGAGCGUCUAUUUGUCCAAUUCAGUCAAUCGUUUCUUCCCCAUGAAUGGGAAAGUUACCGUCAAUACCACCAUGACCCUCUUGGCUAACUCCCUCACCAAAGCCACCGUUGUCAAACGAGAUAUUCAAAAGAAACUGAUCGAAGUCAUCCAGGCCCGUGGAAGCAACAUCGGGAAUGGGAACCUGUAUGUGGAUGGUCCACUCAAUCCCAUUCCAGGUGUGGUUGAUUUGAACGAAUGCUCGGAGCCAAGUAUGAACGAUUGUCACGAAUACGCACGAUGUGUCAACUUGUUCGGCUCAUUUACGUGCCAAUGUCUACCCGGUUAUGGGGAUCGUUUCGAGGACGAUGAGGCAAAAAUGGGCCGUCAUUGCCAGACAUGUUCCAAGGAUUUUUGCUACGGAAGAGGCAUUUGCAAGAUCGAGAACGCCGAGAAAUAUUGCGAGUGCAAGGGCAACUUCUAUGGCCGACAAUGUGACAUUGACGGUGAGGUGGUUAUGGUGGCCAUCGGUGCUUCUAUUACCGCUGUUUUCAUUAUCAUCCUCACCCUCUUUUGUCUGUGUAUGUGGAGCCGGAAAUGGAAGAAAGAUCAACAGAAAACCGAUCUCAUGCAUCACUCCCUGGGCCCCAGGCCCAAUUCCGUAUACGGCGGGGGAAGCAAUUUGCCGGGGGGUCCCGGUGGGCCCUACGGUAGCACUUAUGCCCUGGGUGGAAGCAUGGACAAGGGCAGCCUUGGGGGCCCUAAUGGAGGUGGUCAUUACCCACCCAGACCCAUCGGAGUCACCCUGGUGGAAGAUCCCAUGCGUUGGGCUCAAAUGGCCGAAGCUGCGGCCAUGUCGCAAAAUGUCUAUGCGCAAGUUCACCCACAGAUUCGUCCAGUGUCCGCGGGAACACAAUUCUCGCCGAGUAUGGGCAUUUACUCCGAGCCUGUCUACUCCUAUCCUCAGCCCCAACAUCAACUGCCUCCACCCCCCAAUUUUGCCCCGCCUCCACUCCCCAGAGCGACUCUGCAGAGCAACAUAUACGGUACAUUGCCUCGGAGACCUCCGAGACCGGUGGAACAAGACUCGAGACCAUCUAUUAUGGGCAGGGAUAAGCGAGAGAUGUUAUUAAAUGCCCGCCGUUUGGGUCACUACGCCACAUAUCGAAGGAGAAACUCGAACGAGUCCUCACGAACUUUGCCCAACUUUACCCCGGCUAAGCCUGCUCCUACCCGACAGACCAAGAUUCGUUGGAGUCAGGAAGACUUAUUGCUGGAAACGCCUCCAGGCAAGCGCAAAGUUCUGACGAGUUAUGCAAAUCGACACGACUCGGAAGAGGACGAGACCACGUUGGGGGAGGAUACUUCCAGCUCAUCCGGAGCCUCGUCAGAGGAAGCUUCUUCCAUAUUCCAGAUGUCAGAAAAGUCGAGAUUAGUGAAAUCAAACCAUGUGGAGCCGGCGCCUCUCCCACCUGUCCUUCCUCCACGUCGACCUCCGCGUCUGAGUGACACGAAGUCGAAACGCCCUCCUUCACCCAUGCCUUAUGAGAACGAAGACGAUCCAUUGCCCAGUGUUGCCAUCAAAGCUAGCUCGUCCAGUCCAGCUCUGCCUCCCCGUCCACAUAAACCACUUGAACCCUCAAACCCACUGAGUAAAAGGCCAUAAAACGUGGUCUCCGUGUCGACAUGGGCACCUCAGCGGAAUGUAGAGUGUCCCGUUCAAAUUCCUACACCAAUCCUAAGUAAUUGAGAACCAUUAAAUCCAGACGGCUGGGGUAAAAGUAGUGUGAAUCAACCUGAUCCCAUGCCAUUACCACGGCCUCGAGGUCGAACUGGACCCCUUCCAUCUCUCCCGUCCUCAGGAGGGCUGGGAUCCCCUCUCUUCUCGGCCAGAAGGAACCACGGGACUCGAAC